AUGGCAGAAGAUGACCAGAAGCUUGAUCUCAGACUGGGAUUGGGUCACUGCACCCUCCCAAAGGAACCAAAGAAAACAAGUGGUUUUGGUGUUUCUUUGGAUCUCUCCUUUCCAUUAUCACACUCAAAUGACCAGAGUGGUGUCGACAUUAUUGAGAGCUCCAAAAGCUAUGAAGUUGAGGGAAUGGAAUCCCAGAUUUCUUACAGCACCAAGAGUCAUACUGGGCUUAUGAGGAAGAAGUUGAGGUUAAAUAAAGAACAGUCAGCAUUACUUGAAGAAUGUUUCAAACACCAAACCACCCUUACCAUGGGUCGAAAACAUGAACUUGCAACAAAGUUGAAUCUCAGGCCAAGACAAGUGGAAGUUUGGUUUCAGAACAGGAGAGCAAGGACUAAACUGAAGCAAACUGAGGUGGAUUGCAACCUCAUGAAGAAGUACUGCGAGAGUCUGAAUUACGAAAACUACCGGCUGAGGAGAGAGUUGCACGAGCUACGAUCCUCGUUUAAAUUCGACAACCGGCCGCCACCGCCAUUUUCCGAUCAGCCUCCGAAGGCCAAGACUACUACUGUAACUUGUCCAUCGUGUGAGAAGACGACCGGACUCCUCUCAGGUGCCGGCGGCGACCAGAAGGAUGAAACUGAAUUGGUGGAUACAGUUUUGGAACUUAAAAACUGA